AUGAAGACUUAUGGUGUCUGUAUAAUAACAAUCUUAUUCGUAUGUGUUUCUGCCAAUCAAUGGAAUUAUGGUCAUCUUGGUCCCGAUGUCUGGAGUGAAUAUUAUCCAUUAUGUGCUGGUAAAUCGCAAUCGCCAAUAAAUAUUUUAACAGCGUGCACUCUUUAUAGAGAUAUUAAACCAUUUGAAUUUAUUUCAACACAUGCUACAAAAAAUUAUUUUACAGUAAAAAAUAAUGGACAUACUAUUAUUAGUAUCAUGAGUACUGCCUAUGAACAAUUAUCGGUUCAAUUAAGAGGUGGAGGCUUAAAUGGAACAUUUGACUUUGUAAAUUUUCAUUUACAUUGGGGAGAAAAUUAUAAAUCAGGCAGUGAACAUCAAGUAAAUGGUAUUAAAUAUGCUGGCGAAAUACAUUUUGUAUAUAAAAAUUAUUUAACAUCUCAAAUGGCUGUACUUGCUUUAUUUAUGCAAAGUUAUGUAGAUCAUACAAAAAUUAUUUCCGAUAAUAAUGAUCAAACACGUGACGAAUGGCAACGAUAUUUUGAUAUGACACGCUUAUUACGAUCUGAAAAUGAUUCAGUUCUAUUAGAUUUAAAUGUCACGUCACUUAUGGGUGAAAAUUUACAAGACUUUUGGAGAUAUGAAGGUUCAUUGACUACACCACCAUGUACAGAAGGUAUUAUUUGGACAAUAUUUACUCAACCGAUUAUUUUUAUCGAGGAACAAUUAAAACUUCUACGAGAUAAUGUUUUCUUUGAGGAUUAUCGUGGCCCUCAACCAUUGUAUAAUAGAAUAGUGUAUCGAAAUUUUCUUCAUGAAACACUAUCCACAAUACCUGAUUAUAAUCGAUGUGUAUCCGUGAUGCAUCAAGUACUUCGUUUCAUAUCAUUCUUUUUCUUGGUGACUUAUGCUACACAUGAGCAUGAUUGGGAUUAUGGUGAAAAUGGACCUGAUGUCUGGCAUGAAAGAUAUCCUAACUGUGCUGGUCAAUUACAAUCACCCAUCGAUAUUUUAACAGCUUGUACAACAUAUAAAAAUUUUACACCAUUCACAUUUGGAGCUGGCUAUAACGAAGAACAUAAUUUUACGAUUCGAAAUAAUGGACAUACAAUUGUUGGUACAUUCAAUAAUGAAACUUAUCUAUCAACUUUGAGACUUAGAGGAGGUGAUAUCAAAGGUACAUUUGAAUUUGUAAAUUUUCACCUUCAUUGGGGAGAAAAUCAUAGAUCAGGUAGUGAACAUGAAGUAAAUGGCAUAAAGUAUCCAGGUGAAAUUCAUUUUGUCUAUGCCAAUCCGAGUACAAAUCAAACGGCGGUUCUUGGCAUAUUCAUGCAAAGUAUAUUUCUUCAAAACGAAACAGAAAAAAGUUCUGUUCAUUUAUUGGACGAAGAAUCACGAAGAGAAUGGAAACGAUUUUUUGAUUUAGCACAAACAUUAACGGACGAGGAUAACUCAACAGUAGUUAAUUUGAGUUUGUCAUUACUGAUGGGCGACAAUUUACAAGAUUUUUGGCGAUAUGAAGGCUCAUUCACUACUCCUCCAUGUACAGAAGGCGUUAUUUGGACAAUAUUUAAAGAACCGAUCUUUUUUGUUGAAAGUGAAUUCAGUAGCUUUCGACGAAAGAUUUAUUUCGAAGAUUAUCGUCGUCCACAACCAUUGUAUACUCGAGAUAUUUAUCGAAAUUUUUUUAAUGAAACAUUAUCGUCAAUACCAGAUUAUCAGUGUUGUCCAAAAAAAGAUUCAAUUAAUACAUCUUUUUCAACCGAAGUUGAAUGGAAUUAUGGUGAAUAUGGACCAGAUGUUUGGAAUGAAUUUAAUGGAACUUGCGGAGAAAUUUAUCAAUCACCUAUAAAUAUUAAAACAGCGUGUACUGUCUAUCAAUCAUUUCCGCCUUUCCAGUUUUCACCCAACUAUAAUCAAACGCAAGAUUUCCUAGUUACAAAUAAUGGACAUGGUAUUAGUGCCACACAGGCUAAUGCAAGUGCAUAUCCUAUGACACACACUGGUGGUGGUUUAGAUGGAACAUUUCAAUUUACUAAUUUUCAUAUUCAUUGGGGUGAAAACUACAACGUGGGUAGUGAACAUCAAAUGUGA